GAGGGCCGCGCGGCCGCACGGCCACUGCUCACGGACCUGUACCAGGUCACCAUGGCGUUGGGCUACUGGCGAGCCGGCCGCGCGCACGACGUCGCCGAGUUCGAGCUGUACUUCCGCUGCUGCCCUUUCGGAGGCGCCUUUGUACUGGCUGCGGGGCUGCGCGACUGCGUGCGCUUCCUGCGCACCUUCCACCUGCGGGACACAGACGUGCAGUUUCUGGCUUCGGUGCUGCCUCCGGACACGGAGCCCGCCUUCUUUGCGCACCUGCGGUCCCUGGACUGCUCCGGGGUGACGGUGCGGGCCCUGCCCGAGGGAUCCCUCGCCUUCCCAGGAGUGCCGCUGCUCCAGGUGUCAGGGCCGCUUCUCCUGGUGCAGCUCCUGGAGACACCUCUGCUCUGCAUGGUCAGCUAUGCCAGCCUCGUCGCCACCAACGCAGCACGGCUUCGCUUGAUUGCGGGACCUGAGAAGCGGUUGCUGGAGAUGGGGCUGCGUCGCGCCCAGGGCCCUGAUGGCGGGCUCACAGCCUCCACCUACAGCUACCUGGGUGGCUUUGAUGGCAGCAGCAAUGUCUUGGCUGGCCAGCUGCGGGGUGUGCCCGUGGGCGGGACGCUGGCGCACUCCUUCAUCACUUCCUUUUCAGGCACCGAGGUGCCCCCUAGCCCGAUGUUGGCCCCUGCCAGUGGUGAGGGCUCCGCGAUGAACCUGGCCACCCGUGUGGAGGCAUGGCUGGAGCCUGUGUGUGCCCACUUGGAACUGGGGGUGCAGGUGCCACACCGUGGGGAGCGUGCGGCCUUUGUGGCCUACGCCCUGGCCUUCCCUCGGUCCUUCCAGGGCCUGCUGGACUCAUACAGCGUGCAGAGAAGCGGUCUCCCCAACUUCCUGGCCGUUGCCUUAGCUCUGGGGCAGCUGGGCUACCAAGCCGUGGGCGUGCGGCUGGAUAGUGGUGACCUGCUUCAGCAGGCCCAGGCGGUCCGAGGGGUCUUACGCACCACUGCAGCGCAUUUCCAGGUGCCUUGGCUGGAGUCAGUGCCCAUCACUGUUAGCAACAACAUUGAUGAGGAACAGCUGGUCCGACUGACCAACGAGGGCAGUGAGGUGAAUGUCAUCGGCAUUGGCACUAGCUUGGUCACCUGCCCACGGCAGCCUUCCCUCGGCUGUGUGUACAAGCUGGUGGCAGUGGGGGGCCAGCCCCGGAUGAAGCUGACAGAGGAGGCUGAGAAGCAGACUCUACCCGGAAGCAAGGCCGCCUUCCGGCUCCUGGACACUGACGGGUCCCUGCUGUUGGACUUGCUGCAGCUGGCGGAUGAACCACCACCUCAGGCUGGGCGGGAGCUCAAAGUGUGGCAGAAGGGGGCCCAGGAGCCGCAGACCGUGAGGCCAGCCCACGUGGAGCCACUGCUGCAGCUCUGUGUCCAGCAGGGACAGCUGUGUAAGCCCCUCCCCUCUCUGGCUGAGUCCAGAGCCUUGGCCCAGCUGUCCCUGAGCCGCCUCAGCCCAGCCCACAAGCGCCUGCAGAACCCGGAGCCGUACCAGGUGGCAUUGUCUGAGCAGCUGCAGGCCCUGGUGGACAGGCUGAGGACGCAAGACCAGCAGUGA